AUGGUGGCGUCUUUGCCGUCAUUACUUUGUUGGAAGCAUUGCCUUGGAGUCAAGUCUGGUGUUGGAAGCAUCUGCUUGGUGGUGGUGUGGUGGAUCUGGAGCGGGCAGCGUCUUGGUGAGCAUGGAGCAUUGGUGGUGAGUCCGUUUGGAGUGGAUCGUCGGUCGACGGUCGCCAUGGUUGGAGAGUGGCAACCACAAAACGGCCAAGUGCAUGAUGAGAUCGACCUCAGCAUCCCAGUCGAUGACAAAGACUUGAUCUGGAGCAACACGGGCACGAUGAAUGAUGAUGAAGAUGUUGCUACCGCGGAUGAAGGUAUUACUGAUGCCGGGAGUGCUAGUCACAUGAGGAAGAGGGGCAGGCAUGCAAACCGCCAAAUUCAGGAACUUGAAGCUAUGUUCCAGCAAUGUCCCCACCCCGAUGAGAAUCUACGUAUCGCCCUCAGCAAGAAGGUGUGCAUGGAUCCUCUUCGGGUCAAGUUCUGGUUCCAGAAUCGACGCAAUGCAAAGAAGAACCAGAAUGAGCGUCAACAGAACAUGGUGCUCCGGACGGAGAACAUUAUGCUAGAAGAAGAGAAUCGAGCCAUGAAGGCCGCAAUACUGAAGAAGACCUGCCCCACAUGCAAAGGCCCGAUGGUGUUCUUUAGGCCGCUGACCCCGGAGCUGCGGCGCCUACACAUGGAGAACGCGAGGCUUAAGGCCGAACUCCUCCACAGGACGGCCUACCUCCACGGUGUCUCUGCUGGAACUGCAGGCUCGUCACGGAUUCUCUGCGAUCUCAACGUCGACCCCGUCAUGCCGCUUCCGCUACGCCAGGACGAUCUCAUGGCGGACACCAUGGGUCACUGUGCUCCCGGCGGCUGCGCAUCCGCCGCCGGCGGCCCGGAGCACGCCGCGCUUGAGAGGCACGUCCUCGCUGCACUCCGCGAGCUCAUGAUGCUGAUGAAGCAGGGCGAGCCAAUGUGGCAGCCGGCAGCCCUGGGCGGCGAGGUGCUCGACCACCAGCUGUAUCGUGCGACCACGCUCCCAGGCUUACUCGAGCUUCCCCCGCCGGGGUUCACGGCGAAUGGCACUCGGGACACUGGCUUGGUUAUGUGCACUGGAGCCGACCUUGUCCGCAUCUUCAUGGACGAGAACUGUUGGUCUGAGACGUUCCCCGAUAUCGUGGCAAGUGUUUCCGCCGACAACAUCGGCCACGGUUGUAUCUGCCAAGGGGGAGUGAUACUGAUGAAGGCAGGCCUUCGGGUGCUGUCGCCAGGGGUGUCGAGUUGCGAUGUGAAGUUCGUGAGGCAAUGCCAGAUGAUAGAGCAAGGCGUUUGGGCCGUGGUGGACGUGUCUCUUGAUGCCAAUGGCACAUCUGAGCUCAGAGCAUGGAACACUGGCCUACCGGGGGCCUGCCGGGUGCUGCCAAGUGGGUGUCUUAUCAAGGACAUGAACAAUGGCUACUGCAAGGUGGCAAUGAUCGUGAACGCGGAGUACGACAAGGGCUUCAUGCGGCCGCCGCUCCACCCGCUGCUGAGCUCAGGGCACACUUUCAGCGCACGCCGCUGGCUGACAUCGCUCCAGAGGAGGUGCGAAUUCCUUGCGCAGCGCUUGAGCCCCGCCUAUGGCAUCAGCAGGGCAGGUGGUGCUAUAACGCCCGAGGGGCGAAACAACGUCCUGGAGCUGGCACGGAGGAUGACGGAGAGCUUCUAUGUAGCCAUCUCUGCGCCCAGGGGCGAGGCGUGGCGCAAGGUCGCCGACUCGCGCGGCAGCUGCGGAGUCGGCGGCGAGUCCUUCCAGCUGGCCAUGCACGUGGUGACUCCGCUCGCUGCACCUGGAGAGCAGGCGGCCGGGCCCGUGCUGUGCGCUACCACGACGGUGUGGCUCCCCGAGAUACCGCCGCAGCGCGUGUUCGACUACAUCUGCGACGUGGAGCGCCGUGGCGAGUGGGACGUGCUUGCCGAGGGCGCACGCGUGCAGGAGGACGCUUCCCUUGCCACGGCCCAGUUCCCUCUUACCGGCGUCUCCAUCCUUCGCCCCACUGUAAUGGGUCGUGGUCGUGGUGGAAGCAGCUGCAACAAGAAGCUCAUCCUGCAGCAGGCUUGCGGCGACGCGCCGUGCAUGGUGGUGGCGUACGCUCCGAUUGACACGGCAGACCUGAAGGACGUGAUGCAUGGGGGCAGACGUGCCUCUCUCUCCCUGCUGCCCUCCGGGUUCUCCAUCCUUCCUGACGGCGUCGGCGACAUACAGACGGAUCCGCUUGAUGCCAACCCCUCCGCGGUCGACCCCAUAGACCACCAGAGGAGCUGCGGAUCUCUCGUCUCUGUCCUGCGGCAGACUCACCUGAUUGGAGGGAACCUCACCGCACAGACCGUCGACAACUUCGGGAAUAAUGUCUCCGGUUCCAUCAUGAAGAUCAAGGAUGCGGUCCAUGCCAAGAGGGUUAUGACCGUCUGA